CAAUUGUACGAAAGAUAAUUUUAUUACUUUAAAGAAUACUUUACAACAAUGUAUUCCUUGUGUGAGAUUUUAUAAUUUAUCUUCUAAUGAAUUUACAAAUAAAGUGUUACCUUAUCAGAAGAUUAUACCUAAAGAAUUAUACAAAGAAUUAUUGAAAUAUUUUCUGGAUGGUAGUAAACAAUCAAAACCACGGAUAAACAAGACAAUCCCUAUCAAUACAAAAAUUGUUAUUCCUUUAAAUUCUGCAAUGAGAGCAAGAAUUGCUUCCCAAUCUACCUCCUUAAAUACUAGACGAGAACCCGAAGUUACCUCCCAAUCUACUACUUCAAAUACUACACGAGAAUCCGUGGUUACCUCUCAGUCUACUACCUCAAAUACUGCGCAAGUUACUUCCAAUUCUACUAAUACCUUAAAUGCCACACAGGAAACUGAUAUUAGUUCACAACUGAUUUGGGAAAGUGAUCUAAUUGAAACACCUCCUGUUUGUACAACAGAGGAUAUUCAAUUGUUAUAUCAUGAAUAUGAGGAGAGUGGCGAAAUUUAUCUGCAAAGAAUUAUGAACUUGGCAGAACAAUACAAUAAAAUAAGACGUUGUCGAAGUGAUGGUAACAGUUUUUAUAGAGCAUUUAUGUUUGCAUGGUUUGAACAACUUUUAAAUUCAAAAAAUAAAGCUCUUUGUCAAUCUGCACUUAAUACUUUGGCUGCAACAAAUACACUUCUUAUUUCAGCCGGAUAUAGUUCAAUUAUUUAUGAAGAUGCCUAUAAUAUUAUUGAACAACAAAUUAAAAAUAUUAUGGAUGAUGAAAUUGACGAAGAUAUGUUAUUAGUAACGUUUCAAGCUGAAGAAAUUUCUUGUUAUAUUGUAUACUUUUUACGUUUAAUUACUGCGGCUUAUUUAAAAUUAUAUCGUGAUGAUUAUGAACCUUUUUUAGAAUUUGAAAUUGAUAUGGAUCAAUUUUGUACUAACUUUGUAGAAGCAAUGGAUCAAGAAGCUGAUCAUCUUCAUGUUAUUGCAUUAGUUAAAGCAUUAAAAGUUCCAGUUGAAAUUGGUUAUAUUAAUGGAUCUGAUACGAUGGAACGUGUUAAUUUUCGUGAAUUUUAUCCUGAUAUCGUGUAUAAUAAUAAUUUAAAACCUUUAAUUUUAUUAUAUCGUCCUGCACAUUAUGAGAUUCUUUAUAAAAGAGAACAAAAUUAA